AUGGCGCCAUCUAGUGGCAGCACGAGGGAACGUCGCUGGGCAGCGCGGUGUCAUUUGGUGCAGGGGAAGGUCCUCAGAAUUGCUGUCCUUUCUGGACGAAACGCUGCUUCACCUUUUAAUUUCCCUUUUUGUGUGUUAGAAAUUCGGGACUGGGAAGAUUUAGCCGAGUCAUCACAUUUGGCUCCACCCCGGAAUAGCAGCCCUCCGGAGUGGCCCAGCCCCAACCUCCAGCCCCACCGCAGCAGUUCGUCACGUGACAGCCACCCCAGGAGCGCAGAUUUUGCCUUCAACAUAUACCUUUUGGCUUCAAUGAGUAAAAGGAUUAUUGAUCAUAAACCUAAUAUUUUGAUUCAGAAGGAUUUAAGUUUGCAAAGGCAUCUGGGAGUCGGCAUGAAGCAAAAAACAGUCUUCUAUGGUACUUCAAAUCUAUGUCUUUUCAGUAAGACCAGUUCCAUGGACCAAACACAGAGUACCCCGGACCAGCCUUCUUCUGUACCUCCUUCCCAGCCCAAGAGGAAAAUGACAUCAAUGAUAGCUUUCUUUUCCAAGGUCUCUUGGAAAUUCAAGUUCCAGAAGCAGGAGUCUUCAAAGAAUGUGUUUUUCAUCUUGGCAGAAAGAGCUCGGGACCCCAAUGCGAAAAAGCGCCACCUGGCAAUGAGAGGCCUGGGCACCAUGGCUUGUGAAGCCCCUGACCAGGUGAGAAAACACAAGAAAAUUAUGCUAGAUCUGCUGGUGCAUGGAUUGUAUGACCCCGUGAGUUCUGAAGUCAUCCACGAGAGUAUGAAGACACUGACCAUCAUCCUGGGCAAGAUUCAGGGCAAAGGUUUGGGCUCCUUCUUCGUAGACAUCACGCUUCAGAUCAGGACUUUAUUGGAUGAUGAGAACGACAGCAUGAGAUACUUGGCCUUUGUCUUGCUCGGGCAACUGGCGGCCUUUGCUGGGUGGAAAUGGAAGAAGUUUUUCGCCCGUCAGGUUAAGCAGACACGAGAUUCCCUCCUGAUCCAUUUACAGGACAGAAACCCACAGGUUGCCACAGCUUGCAAAACAACUUUUCGAGCCUGUUCUCCGUAUCUGAAACUGAGAAACGAAAACAGCUUCCGGACAGAAGAAGAUCAAAGGAAUCCCAAACUCUCCAGGCAGCUGAGUCACUAUCAUCCAGAGCUCCUGCAGUUCUUCUACGCAAAUAAAAUUCUGUAAGCGGGAAAGGCAGGAGAAUGGUCCCACACGAGUGUCCUGCGGGGGCCCUUGUGUUCCCUCUGUUUUGUCUCAUUGGAUGCCUCUUCUGCUAGAAAAGAGGAUGUCAGGAGAACAGAUGGGGACAAAAGUAAUACCGUGGAAUUGCAUAAUUAUACCCAAAGUAAAAUUCUAAAUUGCUUUCACAUAUCUCAUCUUCUCCCAAACAAAUUUAAUGAGAGAAUAUUUCCCUAAAAACACAUAAAGUAUAUGCAGUUUUGUUUAGUGCUUAUUUCUCAGCUAUUUCCUUCUUAAGUUCGUUGCUGCCAAACAUCUUGUAUCUCUAAUAUGAAACUUCUGAGCUUAGCGGAAAAAUGGUUACCUUAAUUUUUUWAAAAGUGUAUUUGCUAUUGAUAUUUCACUAUUUGCUAUUGAUGCUUUUUCUUGCCAAGACUUAUUUAAAAUUGGCCAAGAUACCAAGAAAAUAGCUUGCAGGGUAUCUUUAGUUUUUCAUGGUCUUUUUAUGGCAUGGCCUUCAAGAUAUCUUUAAAAAGAACUAGUGAAGAGAAAAAAAAUCUAUGAAGUAUGUGUUGAAAAUCYUCAGGCUGAUAACUUAUGGAAUAAAACAGUAACAUUUAUUGGGAGUGUUUACAAUUUAUCCGACACUAAGAACUUUUUUCAAUUAUUAUUUAAUAUCUAUAUCAACCCUAUGAGAU